ACACACACCAGUACCACAGAGUCCCAGGGCAGCGGGAGUGGGAGUCGGCAGGGAUUCCGUCCUGGAGGAAUCAGGUGCUGUUUGUCACCUGGGUAACCAUGUCUCCAUGGACAUCACAAGCAGCUCAUCGGCCUGUCUGUGCCAAGUCAAGCUGAUCUGAAGUCAGUAGAUGUUACGUCAGUGGGCUUAGACACACCGAGACACUUGGAGUCAGAGUCAAACACGUAGCUGCAGAUCCAGUGGUCUCUUUUUGUGGCUGAGAACAACGGUUGCCAUUAAACAUUACGGAUGACUGACCUGACUGCAGAUCAACACUCUGUCCACUCACUGUGGGGUGACUCAGAUGAGUACUACAAGGAAUAUCUGCACAGCUUGUUUGGAAAAUCAAUUGCUGAGUAUUUCCUCAGCUCCUCCUACCUGCCCAGCAACACUCCCGGAUGGUACACGGAGAUAACAGACAGCAUGAGAGGUCAGAUAAGUGCCAAGGCAUUAUGGGACACACUAAGACAACGCUCUACAAAGAUUCUGGAGGAAACGGAGACUGAAACCUCUCAGGCUGAGAGAAUUCUAGGUGAUUGGAAUUUGCUGAAGAGACAGGACCAUCUGCUGCGCCUUUCAGGGCUGAGGUUCCUGUACCGCAAUGCUCAGUAUAACCAGGCCUACUCCACCCUCCUGCUGCAGCGCAGAGUUCAGUCCCCCCUUGGUAACCUGGACAUGACCGACGGACCGGGUCAAUAUCUAACAGCAGAGAAAUCAUUGCUGAAAGAAUAAGGAGAGGACCUCGCUGUUUAAGAGUAGCUCUCUUCAGUGAUGAAGGUUACUCAACUCUCAUGUUAAUGGCAUUCUGAAUGCUGAAAUACUAGGGUGUGGUGUGGUGUGGUUUGUAACAUGGUACCAAUUUUUGUUUACUGUUAGCACAGAACACAAUACAUUAAAAGAGUGGACCUUUCACUUUCAGAAAGUAGUCAGGACUUUUUGUGCUCCAUAGCUUGUUCUACUUUUAAUGUUAUUUAGAAGUUAGGUUUAAAUAGAAAUUCCCACUGAGUGUACAUAUGCAGUGAGUGUGUGGAGACAUCAGUGUGUUCAUGUGAAAUACAGCACAUGUAUUAGCGUCUCAUUGCCAUGAGGAGGCAGAAGAUCAUCACUGUAAUGAGGACCGAGUUCACUGUUCCCUGUUUCUUGAACAUAAAUGUUGUCUUGUGAUUAAUUCUUGCUAUCUUUAAGCCUUAUUUAUACAUUAUAUAACCUUUUUGUUGCCAGACUAUGUUAAUCAGGUCAGUUGUGUAAUAAAACUUUAUCAGGUAUGACAUGACAUGUUUACCAGAGUUUAGUAUACAUAGGACAGGAUUUUAUAAUUGUAAAAGUAAGCAAAGUAUCCAAAACAAACAAACAAACAAAAAAAAACAUUUUCUUGUUGUUGUUAUUGAUUGUUUGGGUUUUUUUUUUUCAUUUUCAUUUUGGGGGACAUUUUAUCUCAGGUAUUAACCAUUAAGUAAUGGAACAAUUAAGACAUGAGUCAAGGUUUUAAAUUACUCAAAAGAGAAGGAGAAAUUAUUUCAGUGACACAUAACCUCAAGUGCAAUGC